CGAAACAUCUGCCAUGGGGGCCGACGAACAAGAUUCGGAGUGAAGCCGAGGAAACACGGAGUACCCUCAUUGCAAUGACAGAUGGCUAUGCGUGAAUACCAUCGUACCCUGGAAGACAACAACUCCUUGGCCUGUGGUCCGAUACGACCAAUCCUCCCCCUGGUCCCUUGGUCAGGCUAGCCUUAUCCACACCCCCCUCGAUUGAAGAGGCAUGAGCCAAAAUCACCUUUGCUGCCUUUUCGUCAUGCGAACCACCACCGAUCAACUCAACCCAUGAUGGCGGUCGCCUACCGAGCCAUUGAGAGAUUAUACAAAAGUCUUCUGGGCCGUACAUUGGUACCGAAGGAUCUCACCCCUUGCAUAUUCGCUGCCCAAAGUCCCCAAUCAACCUUUUCACCACUCCAGACCCGCUCACGAUCCAUUCUUUCCUACCGGUGAACCUAGUUCAGGUCUAUAACGGCCCCAACGAAUCACUUGAUUCGACUCACAGCCUUGACCUUCUUUCAAAUCGGAAUAAUACCUGUGGCGAGGAGCGGACAGCCCUCCGUUUACACGACCUCUUCAUCAUGUGUGCAAUCGCAAAUCCGUCUGCAACAAUCUGAGCGUAUUCUCAUUGUCCUGUGGGAUAUAUACCGCCCUUCACCCAAGAUGAAGCGAGUCACUAUCAACUAGGCAUCACUCAAAGCAAGGACCCAAGUAUACCUUGUGAUUCCGAGCACAUAUUCUUUCCGGCACUCGUUCAUUGCUAUUUCAUCUUUGUCGUCGACGGCCCAAUCCUGAAAACCAUCCUCACGCCAGGUAUCUCCACUGAUCGAUCUACUGUCCGGCAUCCAACAAGUCUUGAUGCAAUACCAACUGUCUCAAACGCCCUGAUCCCAGCUGUCCAUCAUUGUGUGGAUGUCCCAUCGCCGCCGCAGAACCAUCUACGCCGACGACAACGACGACUCCUCACCUGAACCCAUCGUGAUAGAGAGAAGACCUCAGGUGCGUACAUACCGCAUCCUCCACCCCCGUCCCCGAUCUCGAUCACCAGCCCGUAAACUGACACUGGCGUCCAAGUUGUACAACCUCUUCAAAGUCAGCAAGAAGAAAGUCCAUAUCAUCGAGGAGGAACCCAUCCGCCGCCGUGAGCGACAUAUACGGUCUCCCAGUUUCUCCUCAUCAUCGACCCCCACGCCGCCGCCGCCACCGCCACCACCACCACUACCGUCAACACCACCCAGAGUUUAUAGGCCCAUGUCCUCCAGAAUGGAAGGGGACGUGUACGCCUCUCUGCCACCGGAGCUGCCACCCAAGGGCAAACAUCACCACUACAAAGACGACGUUGCCAAUCUCAUCGAGCGUAUGCCGUCCGAGCGCCUGAAGAAGGUCAAGAUCAUACACGGCCACGAUAAACGUCAUCCGGAUGACGAAGAAGCUUAUCCUCGAGUCGAGGCUGCUCGUGGCUCCCCCCGGCGCGACAGCGGCAAGUACUAUGUCACCACCACAACCACCACCAUGAGUGACGGUGAGCCGAGCAGCAACAUCCGCAGAAAAGAAUACGAACGUCACCGCCGACACGGCUCGAGCACAGACAACACCGACGUCGAGAGAUUGUACGACGACCUUGAGAGGGAGAAGAGGCACCGCCGCGACGCUGAGAGGGCGGCCGCCCACGCCGAGGAGAAAGCGAGCAAGUACAAGGACCAGCUCGACCGGGUGGAGAGGGAGAGGUCGAUCGAGAAGAGGGAACGUGAAAUUCUGGAACGCGAAAAGCGUCUGAGUCAAGAGAGAGAGAAGAGGUUGAGUCAGGAACGAGAGAUGCAGCGGGACCGUGAACGCGAAAGAGAUCGCGCGGCCCAUGCCGCCGCUGGAGUGGGAAGAGUAGUGGAGAUCCGACCCCGGCCUCCCGUGGUAGCGACAAGGGAGAGGCACGAUGUCGUGGUAGUACACAAUUCGAGAGAUAGGAACAACAGCAGCAAUAACAACAGGGGAGAGAUGGUGACUGUGGGAUCAUCGGCGCUCGACAGGGCGAGAAGCGAUUUCAACAAGCAACAAAGACGACAACAGUUUGAGGAGAGAAGGCCCCUGACCGGUGGCGGCGGAAGGGGCCAUACCGGACCUCCUCAUCAGCAAGUUGUCAUCAUCGAUGACAAUGCCGACGAUGAUGAUGAUGACUAUCGCAUGAGGCCGCGACGUUGAGAAGUUGUUUCGGUAAGGACGGAUAUCUCUCUAAAAAAGAGAGACGGCUGGAUGUUUGGUGCUCAUGGUGUUAUCUGGGACUAUAUGAAAGAUCUGUACUAGUUGUGUGAGAGAGUGCGGAAAUCUCUAGUCUUCCGUUCUGUGGUUUUGAGGUUUACGAAGGCGUUUUCUUUCCAGAAGAAAAACAAACAAGAUAUACAAGGUGCUGCUGCAAAGCAAAAAAAAGGGGGGGAGGGAGACAGAAAGAAUUGCCAUGACCCAGAUCAUCCUCGAGGAUCAGUCAAGGGCGAUUGGAUUCGGAUUUUGGUAUUUGACUUGCAGAUAAACGUUUUAUUGGAGUUUUCUUUUUGGUACGGAGUACAACGGAUAAGGACAUGGGAUACGGGAUAUAGGGUUUGGAACUUGGGACAUGGGGAUAUGGGAGUAUCUGGAGAUGUAUUUAAGAGGGCAUCAUGCAUGCAACAUGGCAUGGCAUGGCAAGGAUCACGAGCGUGAGAUAUCCAUUCUUUCUUUCAAUUCUUUUUUUU